AUGUGGAAUAUACAGACCAAUCUUAACUUUCUACUCGUUUUCUCUUACGCAACAAUAUCUUCAGCUGGGCAAAUUCAGAUUAACCAGUCAAGCAACAAGCAUCAAACUACUCUCAACCGUCGCGCCUCAACCGAGUUUGCUUACAACGAUCAGGGCAAGUAUGAAUCGGUUAGCUCUUCUGAUUGCACAAAAGAUUGUCUAAAUGUGGGUGCUUUCAUAGAUAAGAUGGAAACGGUGACUGCUAUUGCAUCUCGCGACACUUUAAAAAUCGAUAGAGAUCAUUACCUUGGGCCUAACUUCCGCAAAGCCGACGACACUCAUAUUAACACAAGUUUUGGCGACAAAGCAGAAUUUAUUAGUGAUGAACACAAGCAAGGAGAUGUGAAAGCGGCCUCGGUAAAUGGAUAUCGGAAAGGGUCAAAUCAGACCGAGACCAAUAUGAAUACAGGGCCAGAUACUCCCGCCUCCACAGAUAGUGAUACCAAAGAAAGGGACAAGGAAAUAACUGAUGCGGAGGAGAUGAAUGCAAUUAACACCGUAGGGCCCAGCGCCCUAAGCGAAGCUGUGAAGUCGGUAAAUGUCCAGAGGAACGCAAAAGCUAGUGGAAUGUCGGGCACAUGGCCGGAUCUUUCUGGUACUCUCAAUCGGCGGCCUACAAGGAGCGAUGUAGGCCAACCUAUUGCACAAUAA